AUGCACAAGCCGAUCGCUCCCAGAGCGCUCCAGCAUGGAUACCGUGGUCGUGUUCGGAGUGGAUGUCUGACCUGUCGCUCCAGGAAGGUAAAGUGCGACGAAGCGAGACCCAUUUGCAACAAUUGUACAAGGCUGCAGCUGCAAUGCACAUACAAGCCUAGGAGAGCUCAACAGGCUCUUGCUAGCCCUCUCAAUCCUAGCAGCACUACUCCCGGCCAAUCAUCAUGCGUCAAUGGGACUGCUCAAUCCCCAGGGCCCCAACACGACUCUGGAGUCCAUCCGAGUCCCCCAUUUGAGGACGCAGACGGACUCAACGCUGGCCCUGAGGCACCAUCAUCCUGCAGUGCGAGCCAAGAACCUUUUCAGUAUCCAGACAUAUCAAUCGUGGAUGUAACCUCGCGCUUGGAGAAAGCCCUCCAGGGUCGACGGGAAAACCCGUGGACUCCUGAUGACAGUCAAGCAGAGGCUGAUUCGCCGGCGACUCUGAUAUCACGGGACAUUGAGUUGACCACCACAAUGGAUCUUCUCGCAGCCCGCGGCAAACCCUUGCAGCUAUCUUCGGCAUUCUUCCUGGAAACAAUUGACUGCCCCGGGAUCACCCCCUUCGACAGCGUCAACUGGCAGAUCAUGAAACACUGCGUUGUCGAGCUCGGGGGAUCUUGCGAAGUUAUUUCUUCGGCCAUUACUGCCGUUUCGGCCUUAUACAAGGCACAACUAUACUCCUUGUCUGUAGCCAGAGCGCUGUCGCUUUAUCGUUAUGCGAAGGAUGCUGUCCAGGAGCACCUGAACAACGACAGCCAUGACUUUGGCAGCACUUUGGUUGCUACGUUCCUGCUAUGCCUUUUCGAACUAAUUCAUUCUGGGGAGAUAACCCCAACGCUGAAAGAGCCAAGCGAAUUGUUCCUGAAGGGAUUGAGGGACUGGGCACAUUAUCCCUCAACUCAUUCGGAGCUGUUUAUAAGACUCAUCGCAUGGUUCAAGAUAAUCAAUCGGAUCACUUUGCGUGGAGGGGGUAUGGGUCUCAUAUCGGAUAGUGUUUACAGUCUAUUCCCCGAUUACGACGGCGCCAUACCCAAUAUCAAGCCACCGGCGAGCUUCCAUUCAGAUUUAUCAAGUCAUUUGUACCAAGAGCUCAGUGCUCCUAUCUUCAACUACUACUACCGCCUCCAAAUUCUGUCUGGGGAGAUUGCCCAAUUGACGCAUUAUCACCGUUCUCGAACCACAGGCAUGGACCAGGAGGAGGUGGUUCGAGAAAUAGCAGCCAUCAAGUCCCGGCUCCACGAUCUAUGGCACAGUCGCUGCGCUAUCCAAAGUCAAACACGAGAAAGCCUCCGCUCACAGCUUGCACCUAAAAUCGCAAAUCCCAUCAUAUCCCUCAUUGGCAUCUGUGAUGCUGCGUACCACGCGGAGAUUGUUGAGAUAGACCGAGUGCUGGGUGACCCAGUGUCUAAAUGGACAGAUUCGAGGGAAUCAAUACAGGCAAUUAGAGAUAUUGUCGAUGGUGAUGGGACUAACGACGAAGGAGCCGACGCAGGAAAGCUCAACCCGGGCUAUCUUCGCCCGUUGUUUCUAUAUGCAAUCGAGUGUAUGGACCAGGAACAGAAUCAGUGGGCAGUAGAGAGAAUCGCCCAGAUCCAAAGCCCCAUUUACCGAAGCGACUUCUUUGCAGCAUUCGGUAAAGAGCUCUCGGACGCCCAGGCGCGAAAAGAAAGACGGGUGACGUCCAAAUAUUUCUGUGUUUGGUAUUUUGGUGUGCCUCCCCCAUUCAUGUAG